AUGAAUUCAUUGCAAUAAAAGUUGAAGCUUAAUAUUGGCACCCAAACUAAAACAGACAGUUCCCUACUGCCUGAUAUUGUUUAGAAAAGUCCUAAAAUGAUCCUUAGAAAUCUAUAGUCAACUAAAUUAAGGAGUCAAGAAUAUAUUAAUACUGAAAGAGUUAUAGAAAUUAAAGAUGUGAUUGUAUCUAAUCAUUCAAGGUAGACAUCUUUAUCAAAAAUGAAUUUAUCUUAAUGUAAACAAAGAAUUAACAAAUUGGCUAACGAUGAUAAUCGUGUUUGUCUACCUAAUUUUAAGAAAUGGAACAAGGAAAAAGCUAAAAAAAUGUUAUGUGAGUACAUCAAAUAAAACAAUAAAUAUACAAAUAAAAUAAUUGUUAAAUUGCCUGAGUAUGAGAAAAAAGCACCAUUUAUAGCAGAAUAAUUUUCAUUUAUUGAAAAAAUACUUCCUCAGAAUUAAAAGUUUAGAAGGUAAUUAGGAUUUAGUGAAGAAAGCAUUUUAAGAAAUAAUUUAUUACUUGAAAAAAUGCUUUUAGAAAGAUUAUUAUGA